UACUGUACUGAAAACAGGAAAAUGCUACAAAAUGGAGAGCUGUGAAGCAUAGAAGCAUCUUGAUGACAUGUUGGCAGGUCGACACGCUAAUAUUGAAUGUAGCGUGAACAACUGCACAGAACAAACUUUAGUUAUGGUGUCAGAUAAAUAAAAGCAAACUGUUAAAUAAACACAUUGUAUUUAAAUACACACUGUGUAUUUAGUUACAGUAUGGACAUGGAAUGACAAAAAAACUAAAUACAUGAACAUGGAAUGACAAAAACUUAAAUGCACAACAUUAAAUACAGAAUCUGAACUAAGAAGAAAGUUGAAAUAUUUUUUAAAAUUAAAAUCACAGAGCUGACAUAAGUCAUAUAUUGGCAUGUGUUGCAGACAAUAAAUAAUAAAAUAAAUAAGUGGCCCGUUCAUCCUUUAAUUUUUCUUUAAACGGCCCUCGAUGAAAAACUUUGUACACCCCGUUAUACAGUACAGGCUCUGAGAAAUACGAUGAACGAAGAAGAAUGAAAAAGAGCAACCAAAUGGUUUCACACAUCUCGCGGGACUUGCUGCGAGAUCUCAGUUGCCGGGAAACAGUGUUGUUGACGGUAACUCGUGUAACCGAGCUAGGUAGGUCGUUAAGUCUUAUUGUCAAUGACUGCAAACAACCGAGAUGGCGGACUUUCUUGCUCAGUCUUUCUUAUUUGGAUUACAAAGCGAUGUGACAAAUAACAUACUUUUUUACGACGAUGAAAAUAUUGUCUUUCCGUGUGGGAAAACUUGUGUUUGCUACAACUUUGUACACAAGCGGCAGAAAUUCAUAUUCGCAUCCGAGAAGAGCCAAGGAAUGCGUGCCAUGGCCAUCAGUGCCAACAGGCGUUUCUUGGCCAUUUCAGAGCGUGGAGGGAAGGCCGCCAUCACAGUGUUUGACCUGCAGGAUGAUGAAGGAAAAAAGAGAAAAAUGUUGUCUGCAGAAAACAUUGUUGAUGAAGACUUUGUGUGCGUGGCUUUCUCCCCCAAUUCAAAGUAUCUUUUGGCUCAGACGGGCGGACGAGAAUGCAUGCUCUUCUUGUGGCUUUGGGAAAAGCACAAACUUGUGUCAACAAUGAAGACUACUAACGAAAAUAAUCCCGUCAACCAGGUCAGCUUCAACCCGUACAACAACGCCCAGGUGUGUGUGAGUGGCAGUGGAGUGUUUCAGGUCUUGUGUUAUUCAGAGGGAUCUUUCAAGCAGAGCAGCUUUCCAAAGGUGGUGUGCAUGAACUUUGUGAGUCACGCUUGGAUCGCUGAGGAUCAAGUGAUAACAGCAACCAGCACUGGCAGGAUGCUGGUCUUUCAAGAUGGAGACCUGCACUGGGAGUUGGAUAUGACUGCAUUGGCAAUACCUGACAGGCAAGUGGAGAUGAAGAAGACCAGAGGCAGAGAUAUCAAGGAGGGGCCCGUUUUGACUGCUAUCACAUCUGUUGUGAAAUAUUCCAAAGGUUUUGCGUGCUCUUCAAAACCUGGUAGCGUCUGUCUUUAUGAAAAGACAGCAAAGAACACGUACAGAAAGAGCAGGGAGAUACAGAUCCCUCGCCAUCAUGAUAAUAGUCAUGUGACUUCAGUGGAAUGCCAGGAGAUCACAACCAUGUGCAUGAGUCCAUCAGAGGAAACCCUGGCCGUCAGCACUGACAGAGGACAACUGUAUGGCAUCAACAUGGUCUCUGUGGACAUCAAGAAGGAAAGAAGACUACACUUUGAGUUCUUGUCACAGCCCUUCCAUUCAGAACGCAUCACUGACCUGUCUGUCUGCACUUGGAAGCCGAUUGUAGCCACCUGCUCUCUGGACCACUCAGUCCGCAUCUGGAACUAUGAAACAAAAAUGUUAGAAGUGGUGAAGGAAUUCCAUGACCAACCAUACAGUGUGGCUCUCCACCCCACUGGUCUCUUCCUGCUAGUGGGCUUUUCAGACAAACUCUGGCUGAUGGGCCUGCAUAUGGAUGACGUCUGCACAUUGAAGGACUUCACCAUUCAAAGUUGCAAAGAGUGUUCUUUUAGUCAUGGCGGCCACUUGUUUGCAGCUGCCAGUGGAAAUGUCAUCCAUAUCUACUCUCUUACCUCUUUCGAGAACAUCCACAGUCUGAAAGGUCACAAUGGAAAGAUUUGUGACAUGAAGUGGAACAUGGACGACAGUCGGCUGGUGUCAUGUGGAAUGGAUGGUACAUUGUAUGUUUGGAACACACACACUGGCAAGCGGGAGUCCGAAACCACCCUCAAGUCCUGCACUUCUACAAGUGCGGCCUUCUCUUCUGACGGCAGGUCCGUACUCACUGUGGCCUCAGACCACACCUUGAAAGAACUCCGGGCUUGUCAGAUGGUGAGCCAGGUUGCUGCGGCUGAUAUAGCUUGUACAGCCAUGGCAGCGUCUCGCUCUGGCAAUGUCGUCUUCGCUGGUACCGAUUCUGGCAACAUUGCGGCAAUUCAAUUCCCAUCCCCUUGUGAGAAGGAGUGGAUGAUCUACCAUGCUCACCGUGGCCCUGUCACCAAGAUGGCGAUCACAUCAGAUGAUCAGUUCAUACUUACAAUCUCUGAAGACAGCUGCCUGGCAUUGUGGAAGAUCCUUCAUGAUCAUGACUACGGAACAAAGGACAACAAACACAUUGAAGAGACCCUCAUUAGCAAGUCACGCUUGGAAGACAAGUCUCAGAAGAUCUUGGAGCUGAAAGUGCGUCUGGAGGAGAUUGAAAUGGAAAAUGAGUACCAGCUGCGACUCAAAGAAAUGAACUACAAUGAGAAGAUGAGAGAGUCAUGUGACAAGUUCACUCAGCAAGUGGAAGCUCUGGAAAAAGCACAACAGGAAAUGAGAAGAGCUUUGGAAAAGCAGGAAGUUGAGCAUCGGCAGAGCUAUGAGGAACUCAUUAGGAAACACUCCAAAGAAGUGCAGGACUUAGAGUCAUCCUACAGUCAGAAGCUGAUUGUGGAGCAUGAAAAGUACCUGGAUCUUCAGGACAAAUGUAAAAACAUGCAGGAAGACUACAGGGGACAGUUGAAGGCGGCUGCAGAAAGCAAAUCCACAGAAGUUGAGAAGCUUAGCCAACUUCAUGAGGUUAAACUGGAAGAGAAAAUGCAGCUCCUGGCUAAGUGUCAAAGAGACGAGCAGCAGCAGAGCCUCAAAUUCCAACACAUCAUCAAGCAAUUAGAAGAGGAUGAAGUCCGAAAAAUCCAUGACAUGCAAAUCAAGUACGAGAAGAAACUGCUGACAGAGAAAGAAAGUAACAAACAUCUCCAGGAAGAUGCUACUAUUAUCAAGCAAAAGUUGUCCAGUCUGCAGAAGCAAGUGGAUGACAGACAGGCAGACAUCAGCGUGCUCAAACUGGAGCGACACAAGCUGCUGGGCGUCAUCCAGUCCCUCCAGGAUGACAUCAAAGACCUGAAAUGGCACAUUGGUGGACACAAGCGGACCAAUGAAGACAAGGAUAAGACCAUCUCUGAUUUGAAAAAGAAAUACCAGGAGUUGGAGAAGUUCAAGUUUCUUCUCGAUUUCCAGUUGAGUGAGUUGAAAAAGCAGACGGAGCCGCAACAAGAAAGCAUCAAUGAGAAGAAAGAAAGGAUCCAUCAACUGGAGGAAGAAAUGGUGAAGCUGGACAAGGACAACACCCAGUUGAAGGUCACCAUCUCCGACCUGAAGCUCAAGCUGAGGAACAAAGAUAAAGACAUCCACAAGGAGAUGCAACGAGCCAGAUGCCUGGACACCAAACUCCAUCGUCUGAAGGCAGACUUGCACGAAUGUGUGAGCUUCAUCCAGGAGCCAAGGAAACUGAAGAAGAGCGUACAGAUGAUUUAUACUCGUUAUGUACAGCACGCUGAUGAGGUGGAUAAAAAUCACUCUGCUGAUGUUUGGAGGCCAUUAAGAUGCCAGCAGGACAACAACGAAAAGACUCCAGUAAGUUUCAAAUCCAGACGGUCCAAGUCUGCUGCUGCUGCUGAUGACCAGGACAAAAACUACAUGAAAAUCAUGAAGGAAAACGUGAUGCUGAUUGGUGAGAUCAAUGAACAGAGGAAUGAACUUCGUCAGCUAAGAAGUCAACUCAAAGACUACAAAGGUCAGGUGGGCCUUUUCAAAAGGUCCAUCACUUCCUCAACCACUCAGAACCAUGGAAAUCAGGACUUGAACUAAGCGGCUUUCAGAUUCUCCACCAAAAUAGUACAUUCUAUAGUAUAUAGUACUAAUAGUACUAAUAGUAUCAUCUGUUUGCCAGAUGGAGUUUAGUUGUUUUGCAUGCUGAUGGUGUGCUUCAAAGUACCUUGACAUUACUUGUUUUGUUGCCUUCUAAAUCCAGCACAUGAAAACAUACAGCACACCUGCACUGCUUUUCAGAGAGCAAAUACACAGUCAAAAUACAUGCUAACAUACACUUUAUUUUGGAAUGAAGACUAAAGUAAGAGCACAAGAAUGAACUAACAGUAAGUAAAAAAAAAAAAAAAAAAAAGAAAUCAGAAGCUGCUGGACAUCUUGGUGAGAUCUUGUUUAAGAUCAACACAGUGCUUCUCGAUUCUCCCGUGUAGUUUUUCCAUUGCAGCACAGAGGGUGUCAUACAUCGCCUGCAAACACACAGCAAUCAUCAACAUCAAAACACGUACGACGUCGUCCACAAGUAUUGGGACGACAUUCCUUUGCUUUUAACUGAAGGUUAGAAUUAGAGCGCAGAGAGCAACAUUUCAGGUUUUAUUUCCAGGUAUUUGUACACACUGGAACAUAGCACCUUUUGGUUUGAGCACACCCAUUUCUCACGUGAACACAAGUAUUGGAACAUGUGACUGACAGGUGUGUCCAAUUACAUUAAAUUACCGUACUUAAAUGGCACUGAACUUUUACACUUAGUUAUAAGUUCGGGAGGAUAGGUUUUGCCGCUGUUGACUACAUUUAGAGGUGAAAACAACAUGAAAACCAGAUCGUUGUCUAUGGGUGAAAAUUCCAGCUUGGCCAGAACUGUUCUUCUUGCUAAUGAGUGGUUUGCAUCUUGUGGUAUUUUUUGAAUUGUAGUACUCUUCCAUGAAGAGUAGAUAGUUAUACCUUCACUCCUGUCCUGUUGGUUGUUGCUGAUGUCACUAAUAGUUGUAUUGGGCUUUCUUUAAUCACCUGCUGAUGUUUUCAUGUGCAAUGGUUCUGAUUUUACACCUUCUCAAUUCACAAUUGUUUGGUUUGUUGUUUUCACCUCUAAAUACAGUCUACACAGGCAAACCCUAUCUGAUGUGAAACUGAGUGUAGAGAGUCAGUGCUAUUUAUGAACUGAAUAAGUGUAAAUGUAAUAGGAUACGCUUGGGCAACAACACAAAAACAGCCUCAGUGACACCUCGGUUUUUGUUAUUAAUUCCAAAUUGCAAUUUCCCUCUAAGAAAUAAUGUAAAUCCAAUUAAUCAAUUCCAAAAUAUGAACAGAAAGUACACUUUAGUAAGAAUAAUUGUAGAAAUAAAUGCAUGUUUUACAAGUAGAAAAGAAUGGAAUAAAUAAAUGAACAUUUAACAUUAUCUGUACUGAAGGCGCUUAGAAGGGACGACAUCUUCCUACUUGGCUGUGGAUUCUUUCUUCAAUAGUGUUUCUCACCUGCUUUAGCCAUUCUUGGCACUCGCAGCAAUUUGGCCCCAUGGUGGGUUAUUUAGCAAAUUUAUUAUUUUUUUAAAAUGUCCGGGCAGUGAUUCAGCAAGGCAUAGGGUGCUUAGUUCCACGGCCUAUUGUACUACUUUGUUUGCCACACUGUACAAAACAGUACUGGACUGUAUCUGACCACUCUGAUUGGGUUUCCCUCCUUACAAAGAUAUGAACAUCAUUUUUUAUGCUACAUUUUUUUCUCAAUAGCAAAAGGUGGAGUUUAAUGAUUUCUUUUUUUUUUCUAUUCAAAGACGCAGUUUUAAAAAAUUCAUCCUUUGCAAGCUCUUUGGUCUUGCCGAUGAUAGAGUAGAUAGAUUUGUGUGUUGCAUGGAGACGUACAGUAAGCACUCCAUGCUAGCUACUUGGUAGGUAGGGGAUCAAACACACUCAAUGUACUAGUAUAACCAUUCCAUGGUUCCUGUCUCUCCAUUACAAUAAAAGUCAUAUUUGUGCAAGAAGCAAAAGGUACAGAAGCAGCAUGGGAUGAAAUGAAAUACGUAUUAGCAUACCUGAGCUUUCUGGGUGUCUUUACUGCAUACUUCCCUCAGGCUGUGGAUCUUCACUUUCAGCUGCUGUGUCUCUCUGGAGAUCUCUUGGAUUUUGUCUGCCAUCUUCUCCCGUUUGUGAUGGAUUUGGUUACACUGUCUGUGUUUGGAAUGAUGCAAGAGAUAUAAGACCAGAGUAACCGACAUUUCACUUGCUCAGAGGGUGGCUAAUACUCAUGGUGGACAUGAAUGUCAUAUUCAUUUAAGGGUGGAAUGAUGAUACAAUGUGGCAUCUUCAGUGGUUUUUAGUUUGUCUGACUAUACUGAACAAAUCAGUGAAGUACAAAAAUCGCACAAAAUUGAGUAGACAAGAUGAUUACAUCAUUGUUUGAUGAGGGUGAGUUCGAGAAAGUUCGACUUUCACUGUCUCAGCACACAACUAUGGUGCAUUCAAGGACCCCCGGGGAACAAUGAAACAAAAUGGAAUACUAUGGGCUUUCUAAAAAUGUAUGUUUCCAAUAAAACAACAGUCCUUAUUGUAUACACUACAAUGUAGUCAGUUGAUCCAAAUCCUGUCGAUCCUCUAAAGACGUUGUGUACAGACAGGAAGUAACGUAUGACCAGUCAACCAAUCCCAGCCUUCAAGGUCAGCUGGAGGAGUUUUGUUUAAGAGGUGCAAUAAAAAGCGUGGCUGAGAGCAGCAAUGUAAACAAUUCGAAAAGUAGGAAAAAUAUGUAGACAGUUCUGGAAUUGGGUGCACAAGUUAUUAAUUGGUUAUUGAUUUGUUGGAAAUUUGUUAUUACAAAUGAGUGAAGACGGAAAGAGAUUAAAAAAUGAGUGUUGCAUACUGUACAUACCCCAACACAUCUUCAACAUGUUGCUCCUUGAUCUCCCUCUUCUUCUGCCUACGAAUGCUCUGCUUGGACUCCUUGUCCAGCUUCAUCCUUAAAGAUCGCCCCAGCUGUGCUUCCUCGUUGCACAGGUUCUUCCUCUCCUUCUGCCUUUUCUCCUCAAGCUGCAUCAGGCUGGAUAUCUGGACACGUGUGUUAGCACUCACAUGUCAGUCAAGAGAGUAUGCUUCAUUUGGAAUAAUCAACUUUACAGCACA